AUGGCGAUUGAAGAUGAUCAAGUGAAUGGUUCUAUUGUUCCUACUCGUACUGCCACAGCUACGACUUCAGAAAAUGGCAAUUUUCUUACUGAAUCUGAUAAGUACACCUUGUGGAGUCGCGCAAUGAGAAUUAUCUUGUUAGGUAAAAGCAAGUUAGGAUUUGUUGAUGGUAGGUUUUCUAAGUCUACGUUUGAACCUGAACUUCAUGAUCUGUGGGAGAAAGUGAAUGCUAUUCUUGUGUCAUGGAUAAUGAAUGUUGUACGGCCGGGUUUGUUGAGCAGUGUCUUAUAUGCAUCUAGUGCUCAUAAAGUUUGGGAAGAUUUAAAGGAAAGAUUUGAUAAAGUUAAUGGCUCCAGAAUUUUGUACCUACACAGAGAAGUUCACACCUUAACUCAAGGAGUUAUGACUGUGACUGAUUACUUUUCAAAACUAAGAGAACUUUGGGAUGAAUUUGAUGCUCUUACGCCAUGUCCAGGAUGUCCUUGUCCUGAGUCAAAGAUGUAUGCUCAAUAUUUUGAGUAUCAAAGACUACUUCAGUUCCUUACUGGACUAAAUGAGUCCUACUCUCAGUCAAGGAGCCAGAUUAUGAUGAUGUCUCAUCUACCUAGUAUAAACAGAGCAUACUCUAUGCUGGUUGAUCAGGAAAGUCAGAGAAAUCUUGUUAAUAUGCCACAAGUAGCUCAAGUUUCUGAGGCCUUGGAGAAUUUAGCUAUGGAGUCCAAGAAGAAUGGUGCCAAUAGUGGGCAGUAUGCAAACCAGAUGUAUAGUACAGAGGUAAACUAUGCAGACAGAUGUAGUAUGGGAAAUAGUGUAGCUUCUAAUGUGGUUCAACAAGGCAGAGUUGGAAAUCAGUCUAAUGCAAGUGUAUUACAACCACAACCAGCAAAUCAGUCUGCAUUCUUUUAG